UCUUAGUAGUCAGAGGGCGUUUCUUGAAAUACUCCAUCCGAAAGGAGGGAGCAAGGCGUUUAAAAGGAUUGUUUACCAGCAUUGGAUACUUUCGGACGGCAAAAGAUAACCCUGUGAAGUUGUUUGCCUAAGAGCCUUAAAGUCAAAAUCAUGCGGGAAAAAUCAAGUCACCAUCCCCCAUAUGGCGGCAGACAUCGACACAGAUCCACCCAUCGCACAGCUUCUUACCACCCUGAUGAAAUGCUUCACUUUUAUCGCUGGACUUCACCCCCAGGUGUCAUGAAGAUUUUGUGCAUCAUCAUCAUCAUUAUGUGUGUGGCUAUGUUUGCCUGCGUAGCCUCCACACUGGCAUGGGACUAUGAUGCAAGCGCUAUGGGAUUGGGUGGCCUUGGGAUGGGUUAUGGAGGCUACCAAGGCAGCUAUAGUAGUGGAACAUAUGGUGGUGCUGGAUAUGGUUCUGGAGGAAGUGGAAGUGCUGGAGGAUAUGGCUAUGGCGGAGGCACAUAUAUGGAUCCCAAAUCAGGCAAGGGCUUCAUCAUCGCAGUUGCGGCAAUUACCUUCAUUGCGGUACUCAUCAUCUUCAUCUUGGUGGUGUCAAGACAGAACGCUUCACAGUCUCCUGCGUUCUAUCUGGCCUCCAUCAUUAUUUGUGCUAUCCUGGCUCUGCUCAUGCUCAUUGCCACCUUUGUGUACUUGGUCGCUGUUAACCCCACAGCUCAGACCUCUGGAUCCAUGAUGUAUAAUCAGAUUUUGCAGCUGUGUGCACAAUACCAGAACCAAGAUCAGGCCUCUGGCAUCUUCAUCAAUCAGUACUUAUACCACUACUGUAUAGUGGAGCCUGAAGAGGCCAUUGCCAUAGUUCUUGGGUUCGUGGUGGUGAUUGGGCUGAUCAUCCUUCUGGUGUUUGCUGUAAAGACCAGAGGGCAGAUCAGGAGGUAUGGCAGGGAUCGUGUUCUGUGGCAUGAUGUGAAGACAAUCACUGAUGGGCUCACAUCUCAUGGCAUUGGGGAAUGGGUUAAAAAUGUGUCUGGAGAUCCAGAGGUUUUUGUCCAUGACCACAAUGAUCAAAUCGGUGUUUCACGGCCUAUGGUUCAAAGCAGAGAAGUCCAGAAACCACUGUACCUUCCAAGUAGUUCUGACUUGACAAGCUCUUUGAGUGGACUGAAGGGCAAACUAAGAGACUAUGACACUGGCGAUUCUGGAGAUGAGCUGGACACUGACUAUGACAAUGAGUAUCCUCCCAUCAUUAAUGAGAAGAAGCGGCUUGAGUACAAGAGAGACUUUGACAGAGACCACAUGGAGUACAAGCAUCUGCAAGCCGAGCUAGAUGAUAUUAAUCAUGGCUUGGCAGAUGUGGAUAAAGAGCUGGAUGACUUGCAGGAAGGCACCCCACAGUUCAUGGAUGCCAUGGAAGUGUACAACCGCCUCAAAAGCUUGAAGAAGUCUGCAGACUAUCAGAUGAAAAAGAAAAAGUGUAAACAGCUAAAAGCAAAACUCUCCCUUAUCAAAAGGAGGGUCAGCGACUAUGACCACAGACAAUAAAAAACCUCUGGCACUAGAAACUCAGGCAUCAUUUGGAACAGGAUGGUUUUGUUUGGGACUUCAUCUUUAUUUCUGUAUUAAUUAUCUUUAUCACUGUAUUGAUGUCAAGGAAUGUGUGGCUACAGUUUUAUAAAGUCAGGUUUCUGCUUUUGAGGUACCUAUUGAAGUAUUUUAUGUUAUUAUUUAAUGCUGGACUAUGUUGUCUCUUAACGUUUUAUCCUUUAAACAUUUUAGUCAAGUCAAGGCUAGUACAAGUAUCUUAAAUAUGAGCUGGACUCAGGACUUUAAUGUUCCUUUCAAAAGUGUGAAUUGUGUUUUUAAGAGUCUUUUGUUGUUGUUGUUGUAAUUUUAGGGAUUUUGUAUUUUGUCAGUCUCUGAGCAAAGCCAUUCUAGUGUAGUGUUUGUUGUUAUAAUGUUUAAUUGAAUCUUUCUUUUUCAAUCAAUUUCAAGCGCAUACCUGGAAGAAGUCCCACAGGUUGUGAAUUGUAGUGUAUAAUAAAGACUUUUUCAGACUGAUAGAAAAUCCAUUGAGAAUUAAUUGCUUAAUUCUUAUGGGACAGGCAAACGGUGUCUAUGAAGCUACAAUGAAAUGUACAUACUUUAUUUUUGUAUUUGUGCAUAUAAAAAUAAAACAGUACAA